UGAGCUUCGGUGUUUGAACCCAGGAUCUCGAAAUGCAUAGUGAUUCCUGUCCACUAGGUUGUAAAGUGUAUGUAGGCAAUCUUGGAAACAAUGGGAACAAGAGUGAACUAGAGCUGGCUUUUGACUAUUAUGGACCCCUGAGAAGUGUGUGGGUUGCUUGGAACCCCCCUGGCUUUGCUUUCCUUGAAUUUGAGGAUCCCCGAGAUGCCGCUGAUGCUGUUUGAGAGCUAUGUGGCUGCCGUGUGAGAGUGAACAUCGAAAAAAGAAGUCGCAAUCGUGGCCCACCUCCCUCUUGGGGUCGACGCCCUCGAGAUGAUUACCGUAGGAGGAGUCCUCCACCUCGGCAAAGAUCUCCGAGAAGGAGAAGCUUCUCUCGAAGUCAGAGCAGGUCACUUUCUAGAGAUAGGAGAAGAGAAAGGUCUCUGUCUUGUGAGAGAAACCACAAGCCAUAUCGAUCCUUCUCUAGGUUUCGUAGCCGAUCCAGGUCAUAUGAAAGGAAGCAGAAGGCCAGUCUGCUAACGAAGUGGUGUACAGGAAAUGACUUCAUUUGACAGGAGUGUGCACAGGAAAUUCAAUAGUCUUGGUGCAUUUUUAAGAUGUUUUAGCUGUUCAAAUUUGCUUUGCACUUUAGUUUUUCAUAGACUGGAAUAAACCUAGAU